AUGGAUAAUGUUUCAGUAAUUACUAUGUUUACUCUUUCAGGGUUAAGUGGGAGAACAAACUACAGAGUUUUACUCUUUAUUCUCACUUUGUUGUGUUACUCUGUGAUUUGGCUGGUAAAUUUAACCGUUAUUGUGACAAUCAUUGUGGACAAAAAGCUUCAUGAGCCCAUGUAUAUCUUCCUGUGUAAUCUGUGUAUUAAUGGACUUUAUGGGACAGCAGGCUUUUACCCAAAAUUCCUCAUGGAUCUUCUGUCUGCCAUUCAUGUCAUCUCUUAUGCUGGAUGUCUUCUGCAGGGUUUUGUGUUGCAUUCUUCAGUUUGUGCGGAUUUCUCUCUUCUAGUGCUAAUGGCCUACGACAGAUAUGUGGCUAUUUGUAGACCUCUGGUGUACAACUCUGUGAUGACUAAACAGAGAGUUUGGGUGUUUGUGCUUUUUGCUUGGCUUAUACCCAUAUAUUUGAUUUUCAUGAGUACCGUAACAACAUCAAGAAUGAUGUUAUGUGGCUCACACAUACCAAAAAUAUACUGUGUUAAUUGGUUGAUUGGUAAAUUAGCUUGCUCUGCCUCCAUAGCAAACAUUGCUAUUCCUGCUUUUAAUUAUACAUUUUAUUUUUGCCAUUUCGUAUUUAUCAUUUGGUCUUAUAUGUAUCUGAUCAAAACAUGCCUAACAUCCAAAGAGAAUAGGACAAAGUUUAUGCAAACAUGUCUGCCACAUUUAUUCUGUUUACUUACCUUUCUUGUGUGUUUGUUAUUUGAUUUGUUGUACAUGCGAUUUGGCUCAAAGGCGUUACCACAAAGUGCUCAGAACUUUAUCGGGAUAGAAUUUCUCUUUAUUCCUCCAAUUAUCAAUCCCCUCAUAUAUGGUUUUAAAUUGACACAAAUAAGAAACAGAAUUACAGAGUUUUUGUGUGGUAAAUGUCACUAG